ACUCUUUAUCACUCUGUGUCUCUCCCCCUUUGCACACACUUUUUCUUAUAAUGGCGUUGCAAUUAUACAGUGCAGUUCCUAGAACUUCAAUGGUGCAGAACUCAUGGGUGCAUGGAGUUGCGGCGAAGCAGCUAUUUGUACGGGGAGAUUGCCCCCAGCUGAUGAAGAGGAGGCUGAGCUUGAGCGUGGGGGUGAGAUGCAGCUUGGACGCGGCUGUGGAGCCAGCGGAGGUUGAGGUGGUGGCGGAGGUAGGGAAGGUGACGGCUGUUACUAAAGAUACCUUUUGGCCUAUCGUCAAAGCCGCCGGUGAUAAGACUGUUGUUGUUGAUAUGUACACUCAGUGGUGCGGACCUUGUAAGGUAAUCGCGCCAAGAUAUCAGGAGCUGUCUGAAAAAUACAACGAUGUUGUGUUCUUGAAGCUCGACUGCAACGAUGAAAACAGGCCACUUGCAAAAGAGCUAGGGAUCAAGGUGGUUCCUACCUUCAAGAUUUUGAAGGAUAGCAAGAUCGUUAAAGAAGUAACUGGAGCCAAAAUUGACAAUUUAAUCGUUGCAAUUGAUGCUGUAAGAUCCAUUUAGAUUAUUGUCAUUAGAUUGUAAUAUAAUGUUAAUAGAUCAAAGACAACUGUGCUCAUUCAUAAAUGAAUCUGCCAUUAUGCUACUA